AUGCUUCGGUACUCCUGCGUGACGCGGUGCGUCAGACGACGUGGCGUGAAUGCUUCUACAGGAAGUUAUUGGUCCUCACUUUGGAGGAACUAUGGUACGCUUGGUAACGCUUCCGCAGACCCACCUGUCCACCCAUCUCUUAUUGAAGAACUGAGGGAACUUCUGAAGCGUGUUCCCUCUGGAAAGUGGAUUCCGGUGGGAACUCUCUACAAUGACCUCUCUCUCGAUAGCCGUAGGCGCCACGUCCGGCCGCACAAAACACUUGCGGCGGCAUUGUCAAAGACCACCGAGCUUGGGGUGCAUUUGAAUCAAGCAGGUCUUAUGUUCUGUAAGGGAGUUCCACCAAAGGAGAUGGAUGCACCGUCAGGUGAGGCAGCCAAAAAGACGUCUAAUGCUUCUGGCCACAGUAGUGACAAGGAAGCUGCGAGUAGUCAUGGUUGUGGUGGAAGUGGUGCCAGUUCCGAUCAACUAGUUGGGGCCUAUGUGCGGCCCUUUGAAAGAGUAACUGUGGAGGCCCAUAACGAUAUUCCGCCUGUAGAUUUCUACUACGAUGUUGGACUUCGAGAGUACCCGCCACCUCCUCCAGACUUUGAUGUAACAAUAUCAACACUACCCUCUCCAACGAUGAUAGGAAGUGGAGCCGUUCUCUCACUUAGUAGUUUUGUUUCAUACAUUCCGCCUUUCUUUGUGCCAUUGGGAGAGGUCCUGGAAGAGAUGCCUGGGUAUACGGAGGAGCAUAUCGAACGAUACUUUAAACAUAGUGCUUCAGAAGUAGUUACAGUGGCUGGGCGAAAAUAUAUUCGUCUUUAUGGUGGCUAUGCGAAGUUUGCCUUGGACGGUUGCGAGGUGGCAGAAGAGCGUUUUGCACGCUAUCGACCUGAUCCCGCUGCACUAGAUCCAUUUAUUGCCUCCUUUGGGGGUAUCACUGGGCGUUGGAUGCCGCUCCGCAUUCUGUUGGAGCGUGUAGGCCAUGCAGCGGUGGUAAAGCUGCCGUUUAAAGGUCCCGCCGCCAUUAUUUAUUUUGCCCAAAUGCAGCACGUUUUUGCCUUUGCCGUUGACCGUGACGGGGGCUCAGUACUUCUGCGUCCGCCGGGUUACGAUGGCCUUGAGUGUGAAACAACACCAACGCCGAAGAGCUGUAAUUGCAUCCUUCGCCUGGUCCCACAGGACGGACAGGUGGACAUUCGCCACAUUGAGGAGUCCCUCCCUGCCUCCAUUCAGGAGGAGGUGAAAUUAUUCUACGGGACGCUUCUGCAAUUUUUUCACUUUCAUGCUGCCGUUUUUUCACUCUCCGCGGACGGCUCUGUGGUUAUGCGGCGUCGUUUUAAGGACCGCAUCGAAAAGGAUCAGCUAUCGCUUGAGGAACAGCUGACCAUUGCUAUUAGUGAACGGAACAAAAAGAAGAUCCGCUCCCUCCGCCGUCGCAUCGCCUUUCGGAAUGAUCCAUCAAACCCCUUUCACGACCCUGACAACCUUGCGCGGGAGCUCCAUCGCUAUCUUCCCAAGAAGGGACACGUGCCACUCAAAACCUUUCUCAAGAAGAAUGUCCCGGAGGAGUUGCUUAACUACCUGCCACGGCGGUUUUGGAAUUUUUUUAACAAUUAUCCUCAAUACUUCCAACAUUUUGAAUAUCAAGUGGCGGGGCAGUGGUGUGUCUGCCGGCCAGGGCUACCGUUACCGCGUGGUGUCAUUCGGCAAGAAUUCUCUGAGGAAGACCUCGUGCGGUUGGUAGCCGAAUACCUUCAACAACGUGGUGCCAAGGCAUGUUCGAAUAUCAUUUUGCAUAUUCCGCGUGGAGCCCAGGAGGCGGUGCGAAAGCGUUACGGUGGUGUGUUUUACCUCGUGCAGGCGUUUCCUCAGUACUUCAACGUUGUCUUGCCUGCUGAAGAGGGUAAUGUUGUGAGCAUGGCGAUGGUACACCUUGUGGAACUCCCAGGUGCGGAGUUCACGGGCAAGCAUGAGGCAUCUGCCGGUGCGGAGGAUAAGGAAGCAAGGAACUGGACCGAGAAUGACGAUAUUGACUAUGGCUAUAAUGAGGAGGACGAGGAGGUCGUGUCGGUGGCCUCACGGUAG